AUGGCAAUCGCUGAGGAACGGACAGGCGAUGGCCCUCGCCACGAGCAGCCAGCCAGCAAGACGGAAACAACUGUCGUCAACCAAGACGUCGAGGAUGCCACGAUCAGGUCGUAUCGUCCGACCAAAUGGCAGAGCAACAUCACCAUCCUGAGCUGCUACAUCGCCAACUUCAGUGACGGAUUCCAAAACACCCUGGCGAACCCUACGAAUGUCAUCUUCAAACAACUCCUGGGCUCGGACGGCUAUCCGUCCGAGAUGAAAACGCGCAUCAGCAAUUCGCUAAUUGUCGGCGCCAUUCUCGGGGUUGUCGUGUUGGGAUACACCUCGGACAUGUUCUCGCGACGAGCCGGUUUGCUCUUCACUUCGUCGCUCGUGGCCAUUGGGACGUUGAUGUCGGCACUGGCCCUUCAGGUUCAUCCGUCCAACGACAUGUUGUGGUACUUUGUCGUUGUGCGAGGAAUUGCUGGGUUUGGCGUGGGAGGCGAGUAUCCUCCGAGUGCUGCGGCAGGCAUUGAAGAAUCAGACGAUUUCCUGCGACGAUAUCGCGGUCCCUUGUUUGUUUCCUUCACAACGUUGAUGGCCACCGUCGCCGGUCCGAUUCUGAUGAUCAUCUACCUGAUCUGCCUCAUCGCCAGCGACAACAACUUGACCAUUGCCUUCCACGCCAUCUACUCGAUCGCCACUAUUCUUCCAGUCAUCAUCAUCGUUUUGCGGCUGUUCAUGGCCGACUCUACCUUGUUCCACUACUCGAACUUCACUCGCCAACGACGGUCCCCGCAAAUCUACCUGUUGCUUGUCCGUCGAUACUGGUGGCGGAUGUUGACUACCUCGCUGGCCUUCUUUCUCUACGAUUUCAUCAACUUUCCGAACAGCAUCAUGUCGAGUACCAUUAUUUCUUCGCUGGUCAAGGACCACAACGUUCGCACCACGGCCAUUUGGCAAGUCAUCCUGGCCGUUCUCCCUGUUCCUGGAGUCAUCAUCGGUGCAUGGCUCACCAACGCCAUUGGUCGACGAAAGACCGGUAUGCUGGGAUUCGCCGGGUACGUGGUCCUGGGCUUCAUCAUCGGAGGUACCUACUCCAAGCUCUCUCAGCACAUCGCAGCAUUUGUUGUGCUGUACGGCCUGCUGCAGGCAUUCGGUCACAUGGGUCCCGGAGCUACAAUUGGACUGAUCUCCACCGAGUCAUUCCCCACGGCCAUGCGCAGUAUGGGGUACGGUGUGGCCACAGCGUUCGGUAGGACUGGAGCAGCAGUGGGCACGCAGUGCUUUUCUCCGUUGCAGGAUCGGGCCGGGAACAGUUCGACAUUCUAUCUGGCCGGUGGAGUUGCCGUGCUGGGCAUGAUGGUCUAUUGGCUGUUGCCCGAAAGUGGGGAUUUGGAUCUGGAAAAGGAGGAUCAACUGUUGAAGGAGUAUCUGAUGGAACAUGGAUAUACCACGGACGUGAAAGAUUAG